AUGGAUCUCAUAGACCUGCUGUUCAGGACCAAAGAUGAAACCACCAGUUGCCAUGGCAACCCACCGUGGCCCAUCACAAUGUAUGAUACCCUGAGCCCAGGGGAAAAAGAUGCAGAGGACUUUUUGGACUCCCUGCUGGCUGGGAGCGAGUCCUCCUCAGCACCGACCUCCCCGCUGUGGUCACCCUGCACCCCUGGCAGCGACAUGUGUGAGGACCACCUGACUGACAGCCCACAAAUGUCCUCUUGCACAACUUUCCCAGCCUUGGACACACACACACAGUCACUUCCUCACCUCCCAUCCCUGAAGCAUGAAACUGGGACAGCAUCUGAUGUUUCAAUUGAUCUGGGCUGGGAGUCUGGCGACCUGCAGGAGCAGCUGGGGAUGGCAUACUAUCUCACGCCCAGUCAAAGUUCUGCAAUGUCGUCUAGUCAGACCGUCACAGUGAAGGAUUUACUCUUAUCCAACCUGGGACAGAAAAUAAUUCCCCAGCAUCCACUGCAAGAACUGGUGCUUAGUGAGGAUGAGAAGAAACUUCUGGCAAAGGAAGGCAUUAACUUGCCCAGCAAAUUGCCUCUCUCCAAGCUUGAAGAGCGCGUUUUGAAGAAGAUCCGGCGGAAAAUACGCAACAAGCGCUCAGCUCAAGAGAGCCGCAAAAAGAAGAGGGAAUAUGUGGAUAGUCUGGAGGAAAGAAUGUCUGCGUGUAACGCUCAUAACCUCCAGCUGCAGAGAAAGAUCCACCAACUGGAGGAGACAAACAAUGCUCUGUUGGAGCAUCUGAGCCAGCUGCAAGCACUCCUUCCUAACAGCUCCAACAAAACAACACAAAAAGGAACCUGUCUCUUGGUUUUGCUUCUCUCUUUCUCUCUCAUCAUUUCCUCAAAUAUGAAACCGAAUCCGUACAACCAACUCAGCCAAGGAGAGUACACAGAGACCUCAGUGGUAUCACGUUCCUUGCAGUCGGUCAACGAAGUGAAAGAGGUCGCUGCUACUCGUCCCCUCUUCUCGAUCUCAUGGAGCAUGGAGUCCCUAAGUAGUCUAAUGGAGAAGCUUUUGAAACAUCAUCCCUCCUUGGAUGAUCACAGAAUGGGCAACAACCACUGA